AACCUGAAUGCCUCACCAGUCACAUGACGAUCACAGAGAAAACCGGAAACACAGCAGAGCACAACAGCUGAUUACAACCUCAAAAGAAGGGGAAAACCAACAUGACUACAGCAGCUCUGACUGCGGGUCUGGAGAGGAUCCCGGAUCAACUCGGGUACCUGGUGAUCAGCGAGGACGGGGUGCUGGCUUCUGCAGGUGAGCUGGAGAACGAUGAACACACGGCAGGCGUGAUGAUGCAGAUGGUUCGUACAGCCAGUCGAUUCAGGCUACCUGGAUCAGCUGAUCCACCCUUCAAACGCAUGUCAGUAAUCCUGGAGGACUUCGUCUACACAGUGACGGUUUCUGGUCAGAAGGUCUUUGUGGUCAAACGUCAGAACAACCAGCAGGAACCAAUCAGUGUUUAGAGACCAGAGAACAAGGAAUGAGGUGGCAGUCAGCUGAUCUGAGGUCAGAGGUCAACUUCUGGAGGGCAACCCGCAGCAGGGCGUCGAGACGUGUUUGUAACUGUUUGAAUAAAGUUUUGUAUGUUUGACUUUGUGUAUUUAACAAGGAAAUAAAGAUUCUGAAUGUUUA